AUGUUCCAGAAGAGCUUCAACUACUGCCGCAUGGGCGACGACUACAGCUACCACCACCGGCCCGGCAAGAAGCAAAAGCAGACUGGGUUCAUGCUUCUGUGCGAGGUGGCGCUGGGCGACAUGAACGCCAUCAAGGAGGCGGCCUACAUGGAGAAGGCGCCCGAGGGCACCCACUCGACGAAGGGCAUCGGCCAGCGCGGGCCGGACUUCAGCAAAUCGAUCGUGCUGCCCAGUGGCGUGGGCAUCCCCAUGGGCCAGGUCAUCACCUACCCCGUCGACCCCAAGGAGCAGUACAACCACUACAACUACUACCGCCUCCAGCACAACGAGUACAUCGUGUACGAUGCCUCGCAGGUGCGCGUGCGAUACCUCCUCCAGGUGAGCGAUCAGGACCCCAACCGCAACUGA